UGCUGAGCCAGGCGCUAACUUGCGGCCUGGCGGGGCUGGCGAUUGGGGUUCCGUUGUUGCUGUUAGUGUUGGUUUCGUUGCGGUGGCCGGCCGCUGGUUUUCGCUGCUGGCUGGGCUUUCCGAGGCGGCUGAUGGCUCGCACCGAGAAGCCGCUGUUUAGGAUCGCGUACACACUAUAUACAAGGACAAGACUAGGGUACAUCUUUCACAAGAAACAGUUGAAGAAGACUCGAGAUCAUUAUCCUAGUGGCCAUUCCAUUGUCUGUCCUAAAAUCAUUAAUGGUGUGAAAAUUCUUCCGGUCCCGAUACUGACAGACAACUAUGGAUACCUGAUCAUUGACUUGGACACAAAUGUUGCUGUGGCUGUUGAUCCUUCUGACCCACUAAUAAUCCAGACACAUCUUGAACAGGAGGGUGCGACUUUGGAAGCAAUUCUCACAACACACAAGCACUGGGAUCACAGUGGUGGGAACAAGGUACUGAAGAAAAUCUACAAAUCUUGUAGGGUGUAUGGUACAUCCAGAGAUAACAUUCCUGGACUCACAAAUCCCAUUCUAGAUAAAGAGACGAUCAAAGUGGGAAACUUGCGAUUUCAUGCCUUCUUAACCCCUGGUCAUACAGUGGGUCAUGUGAUCUACGUCUUGGAGGGAAACCUUCCCAGCAUUCCUGCUUGCCUCUUCUCUGGUGACUUGAUUUUCCUCUCCGGCUGUGGUCGUAUUUUUGAGGGGAGCUCCUCGUUGAUGCUGUCCUCGCUGGACAUUGUGGCUGCACUGGGGGAUGAGACGCUGCUAUGGCCAGGCCAUGAAUAUGCACAAGAUAACCUGCUGUUUGCUACUUCAGUUGAACCAAACAAUCCUGCUAUCUUCAACAAACUCGACUGGGUACUGCACCAGAGGCACGAGAAACAUUGCACAUGCCCUUCGACAAUCGGAGAAGAGAAAGAAUACAAUCCUUUUUUGCGAACUCACUCCAGCGAUUUACACGAAGCCCUUGGGGUGGAGCGGCAACUUGAUGAAGACUGGACUUGCUUCAGAUCCAGGGUCCUGGAGGAGGUCCGCAAGCGGAAAGAUAUUUUCAAUUAUAGAUAGCAUUCCAAAAAGACAACUUUCUCUCCCUAUUGCUGUCACUUUUUCUGUUUCCUUUUGCCUUUACUCUUUUCUCCUCUUUUUCCCUCUCUCAAUGAACUCAGAAUCAGUCUGUUUUCCUCUGCUUUCUUCUGCUCAGUUCCUAGCCCUCUAUCCUUCUCUCUUUUUCUGCUCUCUUCUCUUUGUCCUCCACAAUUCUCCAUUCCUCUUUGUACAAGAAGUUUCAACAACAUGCAUCUAAGUAUCAUUGGUGCGAAGAACAAUCCAGAAGACUGCAUGAGACCCAGAACCAUGCUGGUUGGGUCUAGCCCUUUUGUGAUUGUUGUUGUCGAUUAUUAAUCAGGGGACCUUUUGCUAUCAGCUAGUUCCCUCUAUAGUGUAAAUAUUAAUUCUGUGAAUUUUUUAUGUGAUGUACAGCUUUAUCAUGAUUGCCAUCUGAAUUUUCCUUCCUAAAAGUGAGUCAUGCUAAUGCAAAGGAUGCUCUCCCUUUAUUUAUAGAUCACCAAAAACAAACACACAGUUGUGAAGGUACAAGGAAUGCCCAAAGUAUAUUGUACAUGAAGCCUUUACCACUAGAAACUCAAAUACAGGAUGUCUGCCAGUGUUAACUGAGUAUUUUUUUUUAGUCAAAUAAGGAUGGGGAUGGAAGCAACACCAAAUAAAGUCAGAAUGUAAACAAAACUCACCUGUUUGCUGUAAGGUUCACGCUAACAUUAGUUUCUAAUUUCUACGGGUCAUAGCGCCAAGUUGUUGCUUGUUUGCCAGUAUAUUGAUGUUGGAGGAGAGUGGAGGAAGCUUUAUUCUGUAUCUAACCCUGCGCUCUCCCUGUUCUGGAUGUGUUUGAUGAGAAAUGUGUUGAGGAAGCUUUAUUACUUACAGUUUAAAACAGUAGGGAAAAGUUUCUUUUCAGUUUAAGAGUAGUGGCAACUUUACUCUGUAUCUAACCCUAUGCCGUACCUGUCCUGGGAGUGUUUGAUGGACAGCUAGUGCUCAAAAUGAGAUGAGUUUUAUCCUUGGCACCAACCUAUCCCACCACCUCAUCAAUCUGCACGUAAAUCAAAAGCGAUAUGUAGCAUGUGUUGGACUGUGAUUGAUGUAACAGAUGAUACUUCUCCCAGACCUCAGUUGCAUACUGCCCUUGAAUUGCAAAAGCAAGAGAGCAGUAUUUUGUGUAAUAUUAUCCCAUCUAUGUUGAAAGUAUUCUCUUAAUACUUACUCUGGAACAGCCAGACAUUAAAAGGGGUUAUUCUCCAACAAAGCAGCAAGCAAUCUUGGAAUUCUGAUGGAGAUCUCUGGGUAUGAAAUCUUUUACUGUAUUCACUUCACUGGAAAGAAAAUAAAUUGCUGCUGUAAAUUUAGGUGUAAAGUUAAUUAAUUUUGAUGUCAAAUCUUUAAUGUGCUCUGGGGAUACUGUAUUAUCAAAUUUAUAUUAAAAAAUGUCUACAUCA